AUGUCACCUUCAGUUACCACGGAUGCUACUGUCAAAGGGAACGGAAAGGCCCCCGGUGUGCACGUUGAAAGCACCGCUCAGGCUAUUGAGUACGAGCAUGAAUAUGCUGCUCACAACUACCACCCAUUGCCCGUUGUGAUGGCAAAGGGCGAGGGAGUUCGUGUUUGGGAUCCUGAGGGCAAAGAGUACCUUGAUUUCCUCAGUGCUUACUCCGCGGUCAACCAAGGCCAUUGUCACCCCAAGAUCGUCAACGCGCUAGUGCAGCAAGCUCAGAGGUUAACCUUGUCCUCGAGAGCAUUCUACAACGAUGUGUUCCCCGUCUUUGCCAAGUUCGUUACUGAGUACUUUGGUUACGAGAUGGUGCUCCCAAUGAACACUGGUGCCGAGGCCGUUGAGACCGGUAUCAAGCUUGCACGUAAAUGGGGUUACAAGGUAAAGGGUAUUCCAGAGAACAAGGCUCUCGUCUUUGCCGCCUCCGAGAACUUCCACGGCCGUACAUUUGCUGCUAUUUCCUUGUCCAACGACCCCGAAUCCAGAGACAACUACGGACCAUACCUCCCCAACAUUGGAUCUAGGUGUCCUUCAACUGGCAAGCAAAUCCGAUACAACAAUAUCAAGGAUUUGGAGGAAGCAUUUGAAGCUCACGGAAAGGAGACUGCUGCGUUUUUGGUAGAGCCUAUUCAGGGAGAGGCUGGUAUCGUAGUGCCAGAUGAUGAUUAUCUGAGCAAGGUUCAUGAGUUAUGCAAGAAGCACAACGUGCUUCUUAUUUGUGACGAGAUUCAGACCGGUAUUGCGAGAACUGGCAAGCUUCUAUGCUGCGAGCACUCCAAAGUCCGCCCUGAUAUCAUUCUUCUUGGAAAGGCCAUUUCUGGUGGCAUGUACCCUGUCUCGGCUGUUCUUGCAGACAAACACAUCAUGCUCACAGUUGAGCCUGGUACCCACGGAUCGACAUACGGCGGUAACCCGCUUGGGUGUGCUGUAGCUAUCGCGGCUCUUGAGGUUGUACGUGACGAGAAGCUGACCGAGAACGCGGAGGUUCUUGGAAAGAAAUUCCGUGAGGGACUUCGCGCAAUUAAGAACCCUGCUAUCAAGUUGGUUCGUGGUAAGGGUUUGUUGAACGCAGUCAUCAUUGACGAGUCAAAGACCUCUGGGCAUUCUGCUUGGGAGCUUUGCCUUCUUUUGAAGGAGAAGGGACUUUUGGCCAAACCUACCCACCAGAACAUCAUCAGGCUUGCACCACCGCUUGUCAUAAACGAGGAGCAGAUCGAUAGGGCACUUAAGAUCUUUGAGGAGGCCUUGAAUGAAUUGCCAACCUGGAAUGAAGAAGGAAUCUCCAAUGAAGAGAGGUCCCACAAGAAUGUCCUCGACGACUAA